UAUCUUAGUGUCUGAAUCAGGUAGAGGUAGACAGAAAGGCGUUAGUCGUCCAACAGCGCUGAUCGAGUUUAAAUCUAUUGGGCCGCACGGAACGCAAUGAACGGCGGCGUUUUUGGCGUCGAACUCACAAAACUGAAGACCAAAACCGAAUUGCCGUGCCAGAGCUUUUUUGGAAAGUUAAGAAUAUUUGAGAGUUUUGCGACGCGUGAAGCCCCGGAUCGGAAAAUCACAAAUGAUCACUGAUCGACGUUAAUCGGUAAACAAAGAAAUUAAUGCAUAAGCGGUGCGUGAGUGUGCCAAGUGUGCAGAGUGUGUGUAUGGUGUGCGGAGUGCUGGUGCUGAAGCCGAUGCUGGGUGUUUGGAAUGUCAACUGACGGGUUGUAAAGGGAAACCCUGAAAUUCGAAUAGCCGCCAGCUAAAGCAAAUAAAGCAGUGAAUACGAAAUUCGAAAUAAUUCAACCAAAAGAUAAAGCAACAGAUACAUUUAAAGACACGGAGAUACUGAAAAUGCCAAAAGAUACGGCUACGGCUAGUGUGUAACGUGCGCCUCGAAUUCGGAAGUCCGGAAAAUCGAAAAUUCGAAAACAAGUACAAACAUUUGUGUGUGCGAGUGUGUCAACUGGAAAAUAUGUGGAUUACGUGCCAACUGUUUGCAGACACGGCAGCUGAAACCAAAUCACAGACAACAGGAGCCCGCUGCCAGGCUGAGCGGGGGAGCGGAUCGCCGCCAAUGGCCAGAAAGUGAGUCGCUGGAUGACAAGUGCAGCAUCCGCCUUCGUCAGAUACAUGUCAUGUGCCGCGGCGUCCUGACCGCUGCCACCAUUCUGACCACUCACUUUGAGCGACCUGUGGUGCGCCUCGAAUGCUGCAACACUAUAUCCAACAAGAACUGGCAUUGCUUCAUAUUCAAUUAUUGGAAGCGGAAGCCCAGAGCAGUGGCGAAAACAGACGCUGAUUUGGAUUCAGAUGCGGAUUCGGACUCGGAUUCAGAAGCCGAUAGAAAAACCAGUAAUUGUAACAGUAGCAGUAACCACGCAAAGAAAGAGACAGCCAACCAGAAAACGAAAGAGAGAGGCACGCGAAGGUGGCGAAGAAAAUCCCUAUCAGAUAUUUACACAAACGUGAUUUAUUUAAAAAGCGAAACGGGAAGCCUCUUAUGCCAUAAACAUAUUUAAAUUGUGCAAAUAUAUCCGAAUCCGUGUGUAACCAAAAGCCGCUCGCUGCGAUAACGGAUCCGCUUCCCAUUCCGAUCCCGGUCCCAGGCUCGAUCACGAUUCCAAUCCCGAUUCCAGACGUCAUAAAUUCACUGGAACGAAAAGUGUCAGCCCAGUUGAACGAGACAGUUGGUCGCGCUCCUAUUUUGCUUGCUUUUCGGGCAAUCCAUCAACAGACAAUAUACAAUAUACGAUAUCUGCGCCGGCGGUGCCCAAACAGCUUUCGAAUUAAUAACCGAACACAUGUCGUAUCAAGCUUAAGCUACAGAUACGGGCCCCCGGAGAUCUAAUAUCAAGCGAUAUCACUCGACCAUUGGAAACUAUAUAAGACUGAGAGUUGCAAGCGACCAUGCGCGCAUGGCUUCUACUCCUCGCAGUGCUGGCGACUUUUCAAACGAUCGUUCGAGUUGCUAGCACCGAGGACAUAUCCCUGAGAUUCAUCGCAGCCAUAGCGCCUCCUCCUAAGAUACAACAGCAGCCGCAGCAGAAUCAGCAAGCAGGACCACAACAAACAGCAUUAGCAAAAGCAUUUAAUCCAUUCGACGAACCGCUCUACAUCAGCAGUGAUAGUGAUAAAAGCCAUCUAAAUAAAAGUCUAAAGAGCAACAAAAACAAGGCUAAGAAACCUAGCAAAAGUGACGCGAACCGACAGUUCAACGAAGUGCAUAAACCAAGAACAGACCAAUUAGAAAUUUCCAAAAAUAAGUCUAAACAAUUAGUUAAUAAACCCAACAAAAUGGCUGUCAAGGAGCAGAAGAAAACUAAACAAGUUAAUCAAAACAAAAAGCAAAAGGAGCAACCAGCUUCCAGCACAGAAUCUCAUCAAUCGACGGCUGAAUCCACCGUGGUGGAGCAGUCAGAGCCAGAGCCCGUUCUGGUCCUGGACAAGGAGGUGGCUUCCAUCAAGGUGCCGGCCAACGCCGAGGCUAUCAUCGCCGAGAAGGAACCGUCCACCUACAGCAAAAAGGAGCUGAUCAAGGACAAGCUUAAGCCGGAUCCCUCCACUCUAGUCGAGAUCGAGAACAGCCUGCUCUCGCUUUUCAACAUGAAACGCCCGCCGAAGAUCGAUCGCUCCAAGAUCAUCAUCCCGGAGGCAAUGAAGAAGCUCUACGCCGAGAUCAUGGGCCACGAGCUGGAUUCGGUCAAUAUCCCCAAGCCGGGACUUUUGACCAAGUCGGCAAACACAGUUCGGAGUUUUACACACAAAGAUAGUAAAAUCGAUGACCGAUUCCCGCACCACCACCGGUUUCGGCUGCAUUUCGACGUGAAAAGCAUUCCCGCUGAGGAAAAGCUGAAGGCCGCUGAGCUACAGCUGACCCGUGAUGCGCUCAGCUCCCAGGCGGUGUCCAGGUGGGCGUCCGCCAAUCGGACGCGGUAUCAGGUCCUCGUUUACGACAUCACCAGAGUGGGGUUGCGGGGACAGCGGGAACCGAGCUACCUUUUGUUGGACACCAAGACAGUGCGUCUGAACAGCACUGACACGGUCAGCCUGGACGUCCAGCCGGCCGUGGACCGGUGGCUGGCGGAGCCGCAGCGGAACUACGGACUGCUUGUGGAGGUGCGAACUGUUCGCUCGCUGAAACCGGCGCCGCACCCACAUGUGCGACUGCGUCGCAGCGCGGACGAGGCGCAUGAGCAGUGGCAGCACAAGCAACCGUUAUUGUUCACCUACACAGACGACGGGCGGCACAAGGCGCGCUCCAUCCGAGACGUGUCCGGGUCGGAGGGUGGCGGCAAUGGUGGGGGCGGUGGUAAGGGCGGCAACCGAAACCGGCGGCACCAUCGACGCCGCAAGAAUCACGACGACACCUGCCGUCGCCACUCGCUCUACGUGGACUUCUCUGACGUUGGUUGGGACGAUUGGAUUGUUGCGCCACCAGGCUACGACGCGUACUACUGCCAUGGAAAGUGCCCCUUCCCGCUGGCCGACCACUUCAACUCGACAAACCACGCGGUUGUGCAGAUGCUGGUCAACGAUCUAAACCCCGGCAAGGUACCAAAAGCGUGCUGCGUGCCCACCCAGCUGGAAAGCGUGGCCAUGCUGUACCUCAAUGACCAAAGUACGGUGGUGCUGAAGAACUACCAGGAGAUGACCGUGGUGGGUUGCGGCUGUCGAUAGAUUCGAACGGCCAGCGACCGGCAGCAGUAACCGGAUGCGGAAAUCCGGGGUCCUGCCAGUCGGUUCCCAGAUUGAAGAGAUAGCGAGACCGAGAGAGCAUCAAAUGCUGUUUGGUUCCAAGCCGUCAAUGCUUUAAACACAACGCAAACAAAAUGGACUGAAUAUUUGAAUUUUAAGUGUAAAUCGUUAGACUUUAAUCGUAACGUACGAGUAUAUAUCAGGCUGCAGCCACGCCCUCACCCAGAAAGCCACCCACCAAACGCCCGCCCGCCCGCUUCCUUUGGAGCUACUGUCAGUUUCCCCAGCCAUGCUGGGAAAACCCUAGAUCAGAGCCAUAUUCCCUAGGGAAGUCAAAGGAGAAAGAGAGCACGAGUCCACUGUAAAUAGCCGCCACGCCACACCCUCAAAAACAGCCCAACCCACCCGAAUCUAUCAGAUACUCGCUAUCCCAUCGUAUCCGAUAGUGCGCUGCUGCUGUUCAAAAGGAAAUUUAGCGAAAUUGCCAGAGUGGGAGACCAACUGAACAAAUUGUAUAAAAUUGCUAUUUUUUAAAAAUACUAUAUCUGUGCGAAUAACUAGUGUCUAUGUAUGUAAUUGUAUAUGAAGAGGACGAUGUUCUACUAGCCGUUUUUUUGUUAAUAAUUUUUUAAAGCGAAUCCGUUGUAAAUUAACUAGUUGCAGCAUCGAAGCGGGAUUUUAACCUACAGAGAACGUCCUGAAAUUAGGCCCUGUAGCUGGCUUGUAGUUACUAGCUACUAUCCUGUAGCUACGUAUUCAGCAACGAAAUAUUGCAUAUGUAACUCUUUUGUAUAUGUAUUAAACACUUAUAUACUUUGUAUGCAAUAUUACACAACUCAUUCAAAACACAACACAUUCAUCAGUACGCAUAAGCCCACAUAUCGACGAAUCGGUAUUGAACUUCGUUCCGAAAUUAACUAAACGUAAUUGUAUAAACAAGGAAGCAUAUUUUUAAACUAAACAUAAAGGUAUGCUCUAUAAAUAUAUUAAAUAACUAUUUACUUCGUUAUGCGUUCUAAGCUAAGCUCGAAUACGUUAAUUAAUAUCUAGCCAUUUAAGCAGUAUCAGUAAGAUCAGCAUGUUGGAUAAAUUAAUAGAAACGAAACAAAAAAAAACCACAAAAAUAAAAUCUAUGAAGGAGUAGUAUCCAUUCGUGCCUGAUGUUGCAGAGCACGAUUUGUAUAUGCAAACUUUUCACACAAUAUGAA